ACAUGGACAUGGAGGUGGAGGAGGCGGGAAUGGCCGAACCAACGCUGGACGAUUUGGAAUCUCUGCCCCGCGGGGGCUUUCGGUGUCGCCUCUGUCACGUGACGGUGGCCAACAAACCCAGCCUGGAUGACCACCUCCGUGGGAAGAAACACCAGCGUCUGGAAAGCCUCCGCUCUAUUCGCCAGGACCAAGAGCUUCGUAGUGUUUUUGUCAGCGGCUUUCCCAAAGGGACACCAGCCUCAGAACUGAGUGACUACUUCGAGGCCUAUGGGGAGGUCGUCAACGUGGUGAUGGACAAGGAUAAGGGUGUCUAUGCCAUUGUGGAGUUGCAAGACCGGGAGGUGCUCGAGAAGGUGUUGGCACAGCCCCAGCACAGCCUGGGAGGUCAGAAACUGCGUGUCAAGCCUCGGGAGAAGAAAGAUUUCAAAUACACCCCACCCAGGAAGCAGGGGUCAGCCAAGCGAGAGCAGCUGAGUCCUGAGAAGUUGGCGCAAGAAUUGUGCCAAGCUGAUGAUGUGGAUGCCCAGAUGACCCGGAUGGUGCAGCUCUUUGAAUUUUCAGAAGGUGAACGGCGCCUUCGGGAUUUACUAGUUACUCUCUUCCAGGAGGUGUUCUUAGAGUUUUUCCCUGGCUCCGCCAUUCUCCCCUUCGGCUCCUCAGUGAAUGGCUUCGACGUCUCCGGAUGCGACCUGGAUUUGUUCCUGGAACUUGAGAAGACAAAAAAAUUCCAAGCAUCUGCAAAGAGUGCUCCUGGGCCCCCGGCUGAAGAUGAGCCAGACUCACAUUCAGAGGAUUCGAUCUUGAGUGAUAUCGACCUAGCCUCAGCUACAGUACCUGAGGUGCUUGAGUUGGUUGCCACCGUGCUACGCAAGUGCGUCCCAGGUGUCCAUCACGUCCAGGUUGUGCCAAAUGCCCGUCGUCCAGUUGUCAAAUUCUGUCACAAGGACUCCGGUCUGCGUGGGGACAUCUCCAUUGAUAACAAGUUGGCGCUCCGCAAUACACGCUUCCUGCAGCUUUGCACUGAGAUAGAUGAGCGGGUGAGGCCGUUGGUUUAUGUCGUGCGUCACUGGGCAAAGCAACAGGCACUGGCAGGAAACCCAUUUGGUGGUGGCCCCCUCCUCAAUAACUAUGCUCUGACCCUGUUGGUGCUCUUUUUCCUGCAAACGCGCAGCCCGCCAGUCCUGCCCACAGUUGCCCGCUUGAAGGAACUGUCAGAGGAUGAGGAGCAGACUGUGGUGGAGGGUUGGGACUGCAGCUUCCCCAAAGAUUCAACCCAGCUGGAGCCCAGUGGUAACAAGGAGAACCUCUGUGCCUUACUGGCAGACUUCUUCCGUAUCUUUGGGGACUAUGACUUCCCAGGGUGUCUGAUUUCGCUCCAGGAGGGCCAGCCGCUGCCUCUGCCCAGCGUCUUGCAGUCUGAAGUGGGCAGCAAACUCAAGCUGGGGCCCUUCAACCUACAGGACCCCUUUGAGCUGAGCCACAAUGUGGCUGCCAACGUCAAUGAGAAGACGGCACUGCGAUUCCAGCGGUGCUGCCAGGCAGCCUCCAAAUACUGCCGCAGCCUACAGUACCAGCGCAAAUCCAGCAAAGGCAAGAUCUGGGGCUUGGUGCGCCUCUUCCAGCCAGGCACUGCUGAGGCCGAGGUCCCAGUAGCUGCCGAGUUUGUCAUCAACCUCCCCCUGACUCUGGCGGUGUUGCCUGCCGAGACCCACGAGCUGCUGUGCCAAGCCAGGGAUUUCCAACUGCGCUGCUUCCAAAAAGUCUGUGCAGGCAUUGCUUUUAUCUUGCAGGAUGUGCUCAAAUGUAGUUGCUUAGAGGCACAACAGGGGUCAGAGGAGGAACGACAAGCAGUCCCUGAAGGUAAGCAAGGAGAACAGCAGACAGAAGCAAAAGCCGGGCCAUUGUCGGCAGGGUGCAAGCGCUCUCUGGAUGAAGAGGAAGCAGAUUCAUCGUCACCUUCCUCUAAGAGGCCACGAACAGAUACGUUAGUCCCAGAGGGGGAAAGCAUGACUUGGGACUGUGCCACCUGGCACAAGGUGUGGCUGGGACGCCGCCGGGUCAGGCGACAGCUCCGCGGGCCACAACCUGACCAACAGCAGGCAGCUGGGUCUCUGGAACUGGAGGCCAAAGUUUCUGAGGCCAUUUCCCAGCAGGAAGGGGGGGGCAAGCCUGCGGACCCUUUGUUCCACUUCUCCGUUUGUGCCCGAGUGAGGGCCGAUGCUUUUGUCAAGCAAGAUAUGCGCAUCAGCUUGUGCUUUGAACCGGCUCCUGAGCAGGCAGCCGCCUUCCAAGAGUUCUUCCACUUCUUGCAAGGGUUCUUGCCCCGAGCGGUGGAGCAGCACCUGGCUAGAGAGGCCUGAACCCACCAACAGAGACGACACGCGCAAAGGAGAAGGCGUUUGUGUUGCGUUUUAAUGUGUUGCAUUUGAAUGGGGACUGAUUUGUACAUGGCAUUUUUUCCCCUUAUACUGCUGCUGAGAAUAAAAGGGGCGAAUGUUGAAACUUAA